UUGUUCACAUACAGCUCCAUACAUACGCUCGGCACUAAACACAGGUCCUCGGACAACCGACCGACAACGAUUGCAAAUCAAUCAGUUCUCCUCCCCCGCAAAAAUGAUGCUCGCCCGUGCCAACCCUGUGCGCUCUAGCGCUGCUGUGCGCAGCACGCGCAAGCUGACGAUUACCUGCGUGGCUCGCCCGUCGGGUGCGCGCCCAGUCGUGAAGGCUGAGCAGGCGGAGUCGCCCGCUUCCACCGCGCUGAUGGUCGCCAGCGCUGCCCUGGCUCCCCUGCUGCUGGGCGCUGAUGCCGCCCACGCCGCCGACGGCGCCUACGGCCUCCUGGAGGGCCGCACCGUGGCUCUCAUCCACCCGGCCGUGAUGGGCUUCCUGUUCUUUGGCACCCUGUACGCCGGCUACCUGGGCUGGCAGUGGAAGCGCACCCGCGAGCUGGGCGAUGAGAUCCGCGACCUGAAGAAGGCGCUGCCCGCCGCCGGCCCCGACGGCGUGCGCCCGCCCUCGCCCAACGACUCGGUCAUCGCCUCCAAGGAGAACGAGCGCAAGGAGCUGCUCAAGGGCGAGUACCGCGACAAGCACUGGUGGUGGGGCUCGCUGCUGCUGGCCUCCGGCACUGGCAUUGCUAUUGAGGGCUGCGUGAACACCUUCAUGCGCACCGGCAAGCUCUUCCCCGGCCCCCACCUGUACGCCGGCGCCGCCAUCGUGGGCCUGUGGGCCGCCGCCGCCGCGCUGGUGCCCGCUAUGCAGAAGGGCGACCAGAACGCGCGCAACGCGCACAUCGCGCUCAACGCCGCCAACGUGGGCCUGUUCCUGUGGCAGGUGCCCACCGGCCUGGAGAUCGUGGGCAAGGUCUUCCAGUUCACCUCGUGGCCGUAAAGGCGCGCGGGCACGUGGACGUGGACGUGUGUGUCUACAAUAGUUCGGACGGUUGGAUGAAGCUGCAAGAGGAGGGCUUUGGAGGUAGCAGUGAGAGCAACGGCGCCCAAUUGUUUGCGCGUGAGAGAAGUGAGCUUGUGGUAUGGGUGCGACAAGUGCAUGUAUGAUGAGAGGGUUAUGAGGUAUUACAGGUGUGUAAGCCGCACUUGGGCUACUGCGCGCAACUCACGUGACGCGCAGUUUGAGACUGGAAUUUUGCUGUCACUAGGCGUAGGCGGUAUCAGGUCGAGCUGAACUAUUAGCAGCAUUGCCCUCGCUCCCGCCCCCCUGGUAUUUCCACAGUGGUGUGAGCUCAUGGUUGAAUGUGUUUCGGGUAUGAUGUGCGGGUGCAAUAUUCCCGCACAGACCGGCUGAGUGGCUCUGGUACAGUGGUGCACACUGAUUGACACUAGAGAGUUGAGAGGCACAAAUGAGACGUUUGGCACCGCGUGGCCGUGUAGCAUGAGUACGCAAGACGCCUCUCGCCCUUCCCGAGCAUCCAACGUUUGGGAUUUCGUCUCUUGCGCUCAACCGCUUCAGAUAACCUUGCAAUCUGACUGCAG